AUUUUUUCAUUUUCGUAUAAAACCAAAGUCUCCCGGCCCCGUCUCUCUGCCGCACACCAAAAUCAAAACGCUCUCUUCUCCAAAUUGGCACUCCGCCGCCGCCGCUCCCUCUCAGGAUGGCCAGCACGGAAAUCCAGUCCGACCGCGAGAAGGCCCGAUUAGCGGCCGACGAAGAGGAAUCAUCCCCAAUUGAACAGGUCCGGCUCACCGUCAGCCCCACCGACGACCCGAGCCUCCCCGUAUGGACCUUCCGAAUGUGGUUCCUGGGCCUCUUAUCCUGCGCCCUCCUCUCCUUCCUCAACCAGUUCUUCGCCUACCGUACCGAGGCCCUCGUCAUCACUCAGAUCACCGUCCAGGUCGCCACGCUCCCCAUCGGCCGGUUCAUGGCGGCGGUCCUGCCCACGAAGCAGUUCCGGGUCGGGUCCAAGGCCUUCUCCCUCAACCCGGGCCCCUUCAACACCAAGGAGCACGUACUCAUCUCCAUCUUCGCCAACGCCGGCAGCGCCUUCGGCGGCGGGUCCGCAUACGCCGUCGGGAUCGUCAAUAUCAUCCGGGCGUUCUACCACCGCAAGAUUUCCUUCCUCGCCAGCUGGCUACUCAUCAUCACCACCCAGGUGCUGGGCUACGGGUGGGCUGGGCUGCUUCGGAAGUACGUGGUCGAGCCAGCCCACAUGUGGUGGCCCGCCACUCUGGUCCAGGUUUCCCUCUUCCGGGCCCUGCACGAGAAGAGCGGCGACGACGAGAAGGGAAGGACGACGAGGGCGAAGUUCUUCGUCAUCGCACUGGCAUGCAGCUUCCUCUGGUACGUAGUCCCGGGCUACCUAUUCAGCACAAUCGCGACCAUAUCAUGGGUCUGCUGGGCCUUCCCCAAGUCCGUAAAAGUCCAGCAGAUCGGGUCCGGGAUGCACGGGCUUGGGCUGGGAGCAUUCUCCCUCGACUGGUCCACCAUCGCGGCCUUCUACGGAAGCCCACUCACCAGUCCAUUCUUCGCCAUCGUCAACAGCCUGGCCGGCUACUUACUCAUCAUCUACGUGGCCGUCCCCGUCGCCUACUGGGGGUUCAACCUCUUCGGCGCCAACAAGUUCCCCAUCUUCUCCUCCCACCUCUACACCUCCCGCGGCGAGAUCUACGACAUCACCGCCAUCGUCAACGACAAGUUCGAGCUCGACCCCGCGAAAUAUGCCGAGCAAGGGAGGGUCCACCUCAGCAUGUUCUUCGCCCUCAGCUAUGGGUUCGGGUUCGCCGCCAUUGCCGCCACCCUCACCCACACCGUCAUGUUCUACGGGAAGGAGAUGUACGCUCGAUUCCGCGCUUCGUACAACGAGAAGGAAGACGUUCACACGCGCUUGAUGAAGCAGAACUACGACGACAUCCCCGGGUGGUGGUUCCACUCCCUUCUCGCCGUCAGCAUCGCCGUUUCCCUCGUCCUCUGCACCGUCUUGCAGGAUCAGGUUCAAAUGCCGUGGUGGGGACUUAUCUUCGCCAGCGCGCUGGCCUUCGUGUUCACCCUCCCCGUCAGCAUCAUUACCGCGACAACUAACGUCGUAAGUAUAUAUACACCGGGAUUGAACAUUAUAACGGAGUACGCAAUGGGCGUGAUACUACCUGGGCGGCCCAUCGCGAACGUAUGCUUCAAAACAUACGGGUACAUGAGCAUGGGGCAAGCGGUGUCGUUUUUGAGCGACUUCAAGCUCGGCCACUACAUGAAGAUUCCGCCGCGAUCGAUGUUUCUGGUGCAGUUCAUCGGCACGGUUUUGGCGGGAACGAUCAACCUCGUGGUCGCGUGGUGGCUGCUGACGUCGGUGAAGAACAUAUGCCAGGACGAUCUGCUGCCCGCGGGCAGCCCGUGGACCUGCCCGCAGGACCGGGUGUUCUUCGACGCGUCGGUGAUAUGGGGCCUGGUGGGCCCAAAGAGGAUAUUCGGGUCCGAGGGAAACUACGGGUCCAUGAACUGGUUCUUCCUCGUGGGCGCGGUGGGCCCGGUGUUGGUGUGGCUGGCCCACAGGGCUUUCCCGGGCCAGGGGUGGAUCCGGCUGGUGAACCUGCCCGUGGUGUUCGGGGUGAGCGGGAUGAUCCCGCCGGCGACGGCGAUUAAUCUCAACAGCUGGAUCGUGGUGGGGACGGUGUUCAAUUUCUUCGUGUUCAGGUACAGGAAGAAGUGGUGGCAGAGGUACAAUUAUAUUUUGUCGGCGGCGCUGGACGCCGGGGUUGCGUUCAUGGCGGUGGUGCUCUAUUUCUCGGUGGGGAUGGAGGAGAGGAGCUUGGACUGGUGGGGGAAUGCCGGUGAGCACUGUGAUCUGGCGGCUUGCCCGACGGCGAGAGGUGUGGUCACCGAUGGUUGUCCGGUGUUCUAGUUGUAAUUUUGUAACUUUGUCUCGUUGCAUCUUUUGCUUUGGUUGUCUUUAGUUCAUUUCUAUGUGUCGGUCCGUACUGGUAUUCAAGAGUUCAAUUUUAUGGGUUUUUUUCUUUGAUAUCUCAUUUUUGUUCAUCUAUUAGUGUUUUGAUACAUACGUUACAGUACAC